CUUUCUACUCUACUCCCACACCAAUGCGUCAAAACGAGGCGAACCAAUUCCAAUCCUUCUUCUGGUGUGGUCAUUUUUAUCCUACCGCCUUCCCCUCGCGCGCAUUAGCAACCCUAGUAAUGAUACUUCUGAGUUCAACCAUAGCCUCGUUACUUGCUUCAGUUCUUUGAUCACAAUCUUUCCAAAUGCCGCCGGCUAAGUCAAAAGCGAAUCACGACGACGCAAAGUCGGAGACAGCAAGCGUCAAAGAUCGGAACGGCCACGGGUCUAAUCAUAACCAAUCAAAUGGGAAACUUCGACGUGUUGGCAGUUCCACGGGCUCACAAUUGCGAGACGUAACAGCCGUCAACGGCGGCUCCUCGACUGCACCAACUUCCGCGUCACAACCAAACCACACUCCAGGGUUGCAAUGGCCGUCCUUUGAACGAGAUGUCCUCCACGACUACCGUCGCAAAUACCUCCUCCACACCCCGACCGCUUUUGCCAACCCAUACCAUCACUGGGUGCUUUCGCGACCAGGAAUCGGCUUGCAAUCGCCCACCAUGGCACGGAAAUUAGAAUACCGACGCCAGAGUAAGGAAAACCUUACCAAGGUCGUUAGAAAACACUUCAAUGCCCUCGGGGUACAGGAAACCGAUGUCAUUGUUGACUUUGUUCACAAGGUCAGGAACCCAGGCGUUGGGAAGAUCAAGAGAAACAAAGAUUUACCACACUCUUCCCCAUUACCAUGAUACAUAUAUAUAUACCCCACGAGAGCGAGAAUUAUUUGUCCUUCUGGAUUCGGGCGCUACUUUAUUGUUGUAGAUACAGCAUCAUCGUUAUUGUAUCUCUAGACUCGCAUCGAGUCUUUGCAUACAUUUGGGUUUCUCGCAUUUUUUUUUCUGCAUUAUCCUGGAGUUUUAGCGCUUGGGUGGGACCCUAUCACGGAGGAACAAGGGCCGACGACUAUGACGAAUGGGUAGCAUAAAGGGACACUCCGAGGCUCUAGGAUAGGGCUGCUCAGGUAUAUAAGGGAUCAAUUCGGGAUUGUAUUAUUACUGUUGUUAUUAAAUAGAAGUCGUUAUCUACCUCUGGUACGAAAUAUUUCUUAUCGUGCAUAUGUAGAAGAUGUUUAUUAUUGUUGUUUCCACUCUGUGGAUACCUCUUUG